UGAUCAUUUUUGUGCUGCGGCCGUGGUGAAUGAGAUUGAAGAAGAGUUCUUGUUUUGUAUCUCAGUUUCUCUCUUUUUUUUUAACGCACAAAUUAAAUUUAAGCAAACAAAAAUAAGAUCGGAUCGUCCGACUAAAUCAAUGCUAGUGUAACGCUACAGUUAUGUAAGGGAUCGUUUCUCAGAUUGUUUGCCGAGAUAUUUUUGGGUGUUUGUAAAUAUUUAUUUAAAUAAUUUGUCAGAAGGACUACUGCUGAAGUGAAGAGUGCAGGGGAGUUGGAGAGUGAGUGGACACCAGUCUCAUUGCCAGCUGGCUAAAUAAUUUCUGGGACUGACUUGCUGGCGAACUGGACCAAUGAUGGAAUUACAAACAUUACAAGAGGCUCUAAAAGUGGAAAUACAAGUCCAUCAGAAACUGGUUGCACAAAUGAAGCAGGACCCACAGAAUGCUGAUCUGAAGAAGCAGCUUCAUGAACUUCAGGCCAAGAUCACUGCUCUGAGUGAGAAACAGAAAAAGGUGGUAGAACAGCUGAGGAAGGAGCUGUUGGUGAAGCAGGAGCCAGAGUUAAAGCUGCAGACAGUGCAGGCAGCGGCAGACGGUAAAGCUAUGAUACUUUCACCCUCCUGUCAGCCUCAGCAGCAGCCCACAGGGCCUCCUCAUAACAAGGCAGCAUCACAGAAGACUCUGCAAGUCACACCGGUCAUCACCACGAAGACUCUACCUCUAGUGCUGAAAGCUACCACCUCCACCAUACCUGCUUCCAUGACAACGCCACGCCCCACAGUUGCCAUGGUCACUGCCAUCAGCAAUCCCCCCAGGCCUGCCUUGACCCCUGAUUCUCGCAGUGCACCAGUGAACCUUCAGAUGUCCAGCAAACUGAGCAGUCAGGACACUGAGGCUGCAUCACGGGUCAUGGCGAAGAAUGUUAUCGUAGUGCAGGCCAGCACCACCUCGGCUCAGCCUAUCAAAGUUCCCCAGUUUGUCCCUCCUCCUAGACUGACGCCUCGACCCACCUUUCUGCCACAGGUGCGCCCAAAACCUGUCACCCCCAACAAUGUGCCCAUCGCCCCUGCUCCUCCUCCCCCUAUGAUGGCUGCUCCACAGCUGCUCCAGAGACCAGUCAUGCUUACUACCAAGGCGCUCCCCGCCUCGGCAGGCCCCAUCCACCAAGUGCGGAUUGUUAACGGCCAGCCCUGUGCCAUUCCCAAAACUGUUCCUUCUACAGGAGCCAGCACAGGUCAGGUGACAGGCAUCGUAAUCAGUGGCCCAAUGCAGACGCUGCAGAUCAGCAGCUUAAAUGCAGACAUAAAGACUGUGAAAUCUCAGGGGGCUUCAGAGCAGGUGCUCACAAGCUCCCCUUCUUCAGCAUCUCCUCCUCUUUCUCCACCUAAAGUUAAACGAGAGGAAAAUCCACAGAAACUUGCCUUCAUGGUGUCUCUUGGGUUGGUCACGCACGACCAUUUAGAAGAGAUUCAGAGCCGAAGGCAGGAACGGAAAAGGAGAACAACAGCCAAUCCUGUGUACAGUGGAGCAGUAUUUGAACCAGAGAGGAAAAAGAGUGCUGUCACCUAUCUGAAUACUCCCCUCCAUCAAGGAACGAGGAAGAGAGGUCGCCCACCCAAAUACAGCAGCAGUGCAUCAGGGCCAGAGCUGGGCUGCCACCCCCUGCUCUCCCCAUCCAGCAGUCUCCCCGCCUCCCCAGCCGCCGAGCGGCCUGAACUCGGGGGCUUCCCCCUCCCCGUCCACCCCCACUCUGUCCCUCAGCCCAGCCCCAGCUCCGGGGAUGGAGACAUCCAUGAGGAUUUCUGCACUGUGUGCAGGCGUAGUGGCCAGUUGCUCAUGUGCGACACAUGCUCACGCGUCUACCACCUCGACUGCCUGGACCCGCCCCUCAAAAAUAUUCCUAAAGGCAUGUGGAUCUGUCCCAAAUGUAAAGACCAGAUACUGAAAAAAGAGGAGGCCAUUCCAUGGCCCGGGACCCUGGCAAUUGUCCAUUCCUACAUUGCAUAUAAAGAAGCAAAAGAGGAAGAAAAGCAGAAGCUAAUGAAGUGGAGUACUGAGCUCAAACUAGAACGAGAGCAACUGGAACAAAGGGUCAAGCAGCUCAGCAACUCUAUAACGAAAUGCAUGGAGACCAAGAACAGCAUCCUGGCUCGGCAGAAGGAAAUGCAGGCCUCACUGGAGAAAGUGAAAAACUUGGUGCGCCUCAUCCACAGUUUUAACCUUUCUCAGACUGUAGCGAUUGGCACAACCCAGGAGGACAACCCUGAGGACAAGACUGAUGGCUUCCAAGAGCCCAAGGGUACAGUUCUUUCAUGCACCAAGUCAUCAGGGUCUGAGCAGAACCCUGCCCAAGUUGGUGCGCAGGUCCCUGCUGCUGGUAUGUUGCCCAAGGUGCAGCCUGAGCCUGAGGUGGGCGAGAUGGCCGAUUCCGCUGCCGCUGUCACUCCUGAGGCAGAGCCAAAAGAAUCAGGAGUCACGCAGGCCAGUAACACAGCAGUCAGAGAUGAAGUAAAGCCACUUGUGAAGCCAACAGAGGUUACAGAGGUCAAAGAGAAUGGCGCAAUGGACUCUCAAAGCUCUGGAGAGGUGGGAGAGUGUCCUGAGAUGGUUACAAACUCUGAAAAUACGACUCCCAAUGCCAGCAACAGCGAUGAGGAAGUCAAGAUGGAUGUCGAGGACCAGGACCAUAGCAAGAACACCAACAGUGGAAAAAUCUCACAACAGCUUUUGCCAGUGGCACUCAACAGCGUGGACAUCUCCAAAUGAGUCUUGUCCCAGUUGACUCAACUAAGUAUACCUCUCCUUCUCCCAAACAUUUAAAAACAACUUUUAUCGCAUCCAGCACCAGUGCACCAAGUUGCCAAUCUAUAUAUAUUAUACAUAUAUAUGUGCAUUUUAACUACAUUGUUUUCCCCCCAAAGUGUAAGGUUGAGACUGUCAAGAGUGCGUCUACAUCCAAGGUGAAUUAGUCAUGGUUCUUGUCGAUGAAUACGCCCAACAAAAGUUUGUAGAAAGGUGCUUAUGAUACAGUGUCAUACCAAUUAGCGGACUGUUUUAAAAUGUAAAAGAAAACAUGACCGAAUUGAACUGAUAAUGAAGGAGGAGGAUAACUGAAUAUAUCUCAUCACACCAGUGUGUGCCUGCAACAGUUGCCCUUAAAAACUCAUGGGGAUUGUUUUAAGUUAUCUUAUGUUUCCUUUUCUCUGGGAAGAGGGUGGCAGGUCACACGUGUCCAAAGACUGCAUGCUCUGCCCACCCUCGUUGUGUCCCCAGCCAGGUCUGAGAGGACCCUUCCUAAACCAAAAGCUUCUUGUUCUGAGCUGGGGACAAGUUGUAUCAGUAUUCGCCAGCGCAAGGAAGCGCCGAGGUUUCUGAAGUCACAGGCAUUUGUUAGACUGAAUCAGGACUAUAAAAUGCCAAUAUCUUCAUCCUGUUUUCAUUUCAUGUGAGCUGUAGAACGUGAAUGAUAUGGCUAAAAAGAAGUCCCAUAUCAAGCACGCCUCAGACUAAACAGAAGAGGAUAAUGUCUAGCAUGGUGUGAUGAGACGAAAUACAACUGCAUCUCUUGAUAGCAGCAUCUGAUGAGUAUGACAAAGAUGAUGCUCUUCUGAAGUGAGUCUUUACUGCAUUCGUGUGUGGAUCUGUGCAGGCUCACUGUGUUGAGGGGGGGAGGUGUCCAUGUCUGAGGAGUAUUUUUGUCUUUUUGUUUAUAGCAAAAUGUAUUCAGGUCUUCCUAGUCUUCACACAAAAAUAAGUGCUUUUCUGUUUCUUAAAACAGUAAUUUGCUAUCAGAGGUGUUAAAAUGGCAUCGUUUAUGCAAGGAGCUCUUUGUUGCAAGCAGAAGGGCAUUGCAUAAUGAGUGUUUUAUUUUUUAUUAUUCUAAACUGCCAAAUGUUUUUCCCCUUCUACAUCCCGGAUAUAGAUGUUAACAUAUUUUAUGUCUAGUCUAGAAAACAGUAAAUACAUUACCACUUCUUUCUUCCUUCCCCUGAAUCAUCCUGUAUGGUAAACAUACAUAACAAUAAUGCUUCACAAUUUACUGUCUUAAACUUGAGGGUUUGAUGUUCGAGCCAAAUUUAGUAAUAAGACAAAGACGGAAAACCCUGGAUUUAAAGCACAAGCUUAUUCAAAACAACUAAAGCAAAACACUCUGAAAGACUUAAAGUAAGGUGAAGCUUAAAACAGCUUUUAAAGGCUUAUUUGUUAAUUCCCAUUAGGCUUGCCGUUUUGUUUUUUUUGUUGUUGUUUGGGUUUUUUUUGGUUUCAUGCAUGUGUAAUGAAUCUGUGCUGCUUGCUCACCCACAGGUGGAGGCAUCUUUUGUCAGACUUUUGUACCAGUUCAUUUUGAGCCUUUCUUCCCACCUUCCCUAAGACCAAAACAUCAGACACACACUUGCCCAGUUACCUCUCCUACGCUGACUCUGACUCUUUCUCUUGCAGUCAUUUGUACGUUGCACUGGGUUAAGUCUUAAUGGUACUACACAGCUGGCACCUCAAACAUGUUUACAUCACCUCUUUCCAAAUUUACAUAUCUUCAUCUGUGCUAUGUUGACAGAUAAUUAGUCUAUUACUGAACAAAAAAAAAUCCAACUUUAUUCAUUAUACCAUGUAAAUUAUAUUGCACAAUUACUGCUGUUUGCAGGGCAAAACAGGCCUCGUGAUUUCAGACUGUUUCACUAAGAUGUAACCAAACUAACGUAGAGUACUUUGUAUUAGGAGGUAGACAGACAAAAAAAAGUUUUUUUCAGGCGUCAUAGCUUUCAUUGGAAGCAUGCUGCAGUUCCUUUUGCAUGACUGUGAAACACUCCCUGCAUUCCUUUACACUUCUGUUACUUAGCUAGGACUAGCAAGCAGGAUGAUGACUACAUAUCUUUACUGUUAUGAUUAUAAAUCUAAAUCAGAUAACCUUAAAGGACAUUUUAUGGCCUUCUGAAACCCCUUACUGUCUAGUGCAUCAUGAGGGUGAGAGGGUUUUUCCCUUAAAACACCUCCAUUCCUUUCUGUACAGGUACCCUAGAGUGCCUUUAUUACAUUCUCUCCCAAUAUAGUUCCUGUCCUGCGUUAGUUACAGUAUAUAACCACAGAUCUGCCAUUAACUCUCUGACACUUCAGGUGUCACCUCCUUAAAAUAGAAGCACAGCCAGAUUUUUUUUUAUUGGGCAAAAGUAAAAUCGGGUGUAAUAACGUGGUGUUAAGUACGUGAUCGUCUGGUUCUCUCUGGCUGUCUGUGGUUGACGUAGAUGUUUCACACACUCCCUUUUAAAACAGAAGCUUAAAGAGCUUAAUGUUCAGGUUAAGGAGUUGCCUUAAUAGGUGUGUAAGUUUGUUUUUAAACACCCAUAACAAUGGUGUAUUUAUCAUGGCAAUUGCACAAGUUAAAAAAAAAUUCUCCUAUUGUGGCAAAAUUAGUCCUUUUGUUUAGUGGUAAAUUCUGACUUGUUUAAGUAUGAUCUUUACUGGUUUUUAUUGGCGUAAGUAAUUUUUUUUAUGAUACAUUUUUUUCAUAAUUGUUUAUGCACUUUCAGCAGUGAUACCAUUAGUAUUAAAGGUACAUAAAGGAGUUGGCUUAAUAUACCGAAAGAGUAGGCCAUCAUUUCUCAAGCCUUUCACUUCUCACUUUGUCAUAUUCCAUACAUUCUACUGCUAUGUAGUGUAGAGCCCCUUUGUGAAGGUUUCGUGAAUUAUUUUUUAUUUUUUUCUUCAAUACCUGGGAAUGUUUAUUAUCUGGUUAUUAACAAUUUAAUACUCCUAAUUAUUUUUCUAUUCCAGAAGUCAGUGGUGAUUUAUCAGGUAUUCAAAUUCAGCCUAGGCUUUGGCAGCUUAGGAACGAUCAAAGAACACCGGCAAGCUGACUGCAAAACCACCGAAACACCACCGAUCAGUUCAAUAGCAAAUGCCACUUUCUUAUGCAAACAUUUUUUUAAUAGAAAUGUUUCGUCGUCACUUUUAAAUAUGCAUUUAGCUUUGAAUUUAAGUUGUAGAAUUUUUAUGCAGAACUAUUUUGUUACUUUUCAUUGAACAUUGCUGGCAGCGAGAUUUAAAACAAAGCAAAAUUUAAAAAAAAACUAAGCGGUACAUGCAUGCUGUGCGUUUAUUAUAAAGGCGUUUUAUUGAUGAACAAAUAGACUUUUCCUUUUGGCAUUUCUGGUAUCUCUGGCACAUGUUUAAGUAAAUAAUCAGUCAAACACUGUAAGGGUAAUCAGAAUGCCUCCAACUUUGUCAUUUGUACUAAUGUGGAGUAUUUCAUCUCAUCGUCUCAUGAUCAGUGGACCAUUAUUUUUUUUUUAAAUUACUUUCAUAUGUGUACCAUGCUGAAUUAUAUGGUUUGUUUGGGUUUUUUUUUUUCUUUGUUUGUUUGUUUGUUUGUUGUUGUUUUUUUUGGGGGGGGGGGGUCUGAAAAAGUCUCACUGGCGUAAAGUUGUAGUGUAAGAGCCCCACAUUCACGUUCUAUAAUCAGAAUACCCAAAGAGACUGCAAAUGUGCAUUUUGCUGCAAGGAAGCUUCUUAUGUUCUAUAUACAUAUCACAUCUCUUAUGUCUAACAGCCUACAGCAUUACAUUGUAGAUUUUUGCAGACUUUUGGGUUUCAUUAGUCAUUUGUCUGUGCACUGUAAUAAUCUGGGGUUUACAAUAUGAGAGAUUGGGGACUACAUUUAUGCAUACAUGGGAACAUUUUGAUUACAGAUUCAUUCCAGCUGUACAUCUCAUUAACCUGCUAGAUUUUAGAUUCUCCAUAUUCACACACGUGCAUUAUAUUCCCUCUGACAUGUUAGUUUUGUUUUUUUUUUUCUUCUUUAUACUUCCUCAUGAUUGUGGCCUUCUAGUAUUUUUGAUGCAUUUCAUUAUACAGUAACUUCCCUGGUAUUGUACACCUCCUGUGUCUGAGUGUGUGAGCGAGUGAGUGUACAUGUGUGUCUUUUACCUCAUCUGCAGUCAACUCUUAAAUCGGAGUACUUUUGUUUACGCGUGCAAAAAAAAGGAAAAAAAAGGAAAAAAAAAAUCUUCCACUAAAGAAACACAAGAUGCAUUGUAGCGAUUUGAGUAAUUACGAAACGUUCACCUGGUGUGCUGAACUAUGUGUAAAUUGUUUAUUACACAAUAUAAAUAUUUGUAAAAUUGUUUGUAUUUUUCAUAAUGGUUUUAAAAAGGAGUGUGUUUAUUUUUAUGAAUUCUUUCUGUUACAGAACUCUUGCUUUGUCUUUUUCGCCUGACAUUGUGAGUGAAUUGGUUGGUUCUCUUACCUCUCUCAUGUAUUUGAGCCUGUGCUGAGUUGUUUGUAUGCAGUGUUUAGAAAUACUGUAGGGAACGUGAGACAAAAUUGAUAUUAGGAGCAACUGAUCAAUUUGUAUUUAUUUAUUUUAUCAUUUUGUUAAUAAAUUUACCAAGAAACUUGGUCUGUUACAUA